AUGGUGGUAGUGCUGAACGGGGUGUUGGCUGACGAGUGCCCCACGUCUGUGAGGGCGCUGCUGUCUGCUCAUCCAGGGUACAGAGACGCAGCAGCACAGCUCCUGGCCACAGCACCCAGGGUCGUCGGACCUCAAGGGCUGUUGUACGUAGCCCAGAGAGAAUUGGCCGCUGUUGUUCCCCACGACAAAAACGUCAGUAUCAUAGGCUCCGACGAUGCCACUUCUUGUAUUAUAGUUGUUGUCAGACAUUCAGGUUCAGGUGCAGUUUCAUUGGCCCAUCUCGAUGGUUCUGGUACAGAGGAAGUAGCGGCGGCGAUGGUCGCUAAAGCACAGCAGCUAGCUGCAGGUUACCCUGAGGGUAGGCUCGAAUUACAGAUGGUAGGAGGAUUCACUGAUCCUCACAGAUAUUCUGACGAGCUCUUCGCUAAUAUCAUGUUGUCAUUCCACCGUCUGUCAGAAGAGAUAGACUUGACGCUAGCGUGUUGUUGCGAAUUAAAUACAGCGUUGGGUGGUUCACCUUCACCACUAGUGACGGGUGUAGGAGUUGAUAUAAGGGCUGGGGAUAUGUUCCCCGCGACUUUCCCCGAUAAAGGACCGGAACUGCCAUUAAGAAGCGCCAGAACCAUCACUGGUGGACCAAACGCUGCUCAGGUGUUUGAUAUAUAUGACAACGGAGUCGGUAUGUUGCGCAUCGGUCCUUUCAACUACGAGCCGCUGCGUAGUGUCGAGUUGUGGCUGGGUCAAUCCGAUGACUUCAUACUACAGCAUCUCAGUACAACGCCGGCCGUUGAGGCGCCGCACUUCGUACAUAAUAUUCGUGUAACUCUAAAGUUCAUCCAACAACAUCCGUUCCCCGCUGUCACAGUGUUCCCUGACAACAGACCUCACUACUACCGUCGAGAUGAACAGACGGGAUGCUGGGUACCAGUCAGAUAUGUAUAA